ACAGUCCGAAUCCAGAUAUGCCAAGCGUUCGGUAGUGAACCAUUAAGUACCCAUUUGUCUUUUACUUACAUGUCAAGACGACGCUCUGAAUCUCAGAUCGGACGCUUUACGAAGUACGACUACCUGUAUCAACCGACGAGGCUGUAGAAUUGUCAGGGAUAAACUUUCAUCUACCCAAUUAUUUGAGGAACAAGUCCUUGGCGCUUCCUUCAUCGACGCAAGAUGAGUUCAAAGAAGAACGGGGACAUUCGAGGGUUUUUCAAAUCUGCUGGCGCAUCCAGUUCUCAGACUCAGAAGCAGCCAGCCUCGCCAGCCUCGCCUGCACCUCUAGGCUCGGACAUCUUCUCAUCGCCCCAGACCCCCAAGACCCCCAAGACCCCCAAGACCCCUAAAACAGCCCCACGUGUAUUCAAACGCGACGACGAGAUCAAAGGGUCUGAUGAGUCCGAUGACGACUCAGAUGAUUCGUUAGGUUCAAUCACCGGCGCCCUCGGUUAUAGAGCCGGCCCUGCCACUCAUAGGCGUGAUCCUAACGUACUAUCCACACCUCAGGCUAAAAGAAUAGCUUCAGGCAUACAUCGCUCGCCUUUGACGCUACAGCCAAAGAGGCACAAGUUUGACUUGAAGGCUCUUAUCAACCACUCUCGGGAGAUAGAACGAACUGAGGAGAGCGUUAGGAGGGCUGACGCCUUGCUCGCCCAGACGGAGCAGGGGAGCGACGAUUCGGACAACUCGGAUGCCGAGAAUGACCCAAAACGACUAGAUGAAGUCGCCAACCACCUGUUGGCUGGUGAUGACGACGAAGGAGGAAAGGGUGACAAGGUUCGCAGAGCUUUCAAGCGUUCCAAGGAUGAUGAGGCAUCAUCGCGCAAGCAUUGCUACUUUUUCUCUCAAGAGGAGCCCCCCUCUAGCCCCGCCAAACAUACCUUUCCACGCAAGGGCGUCGUUGGCCCCUGGAAAUGUCUAUCUAAAUCAGGCACGAGGCGUCAGGCAUUCUUAAUGGGCCUGCCUUACACGUUUCUUGCCAAAGGGGAAACUCUUCCGGAUGAGCUUUUCCAGUGGAUCCUCGAUGAGAUCUGCACUGAACAGAACCUUGAGCUACGGAGACAGUAUAUCAACUUGGCUGAACUAAGCGAGGAUAAUACACACCGCCUCAUUAACGAUAUGCGGCUUUACUCUUUGCUCGAAGUCGUCGGCGGCCCAAAAUAUGCUCGAGAACACAGCAAAUUCAAGAGCACGGCAGAAAUUCGACAAGAGUAUCUCAAGCGAAAUUGGACUCCUUUGGUUGCUUUCUUACAGCUACUAGAGCGAAUAGCGCCGUCUCUGCAAAUAUCAUCAGCUAUCAGUGCAAUCCAGCUUCUACUACGUAUGAGUAUGGACCCAGUUGUUUCUUCAGUUGUGCGCGAAUACCAUACGCGCGCAAUGACAGUGCUAGUAUCAAGUCUAGCAAAAUCUCAAUCUCAAUGGAACACUGCAUGUGAUGCCAUAUGUUCGUACAUCUACGAGAACAUAGAUGAUCCCGAGCUCAAAGUCACAGCUCUUGUAUCAAUACCAAGCUCAAGCUCACACCUAGUUGACCUGCGGCGGCGCAUAGCAGCCGAAUCUUUAUUCAACAAACCGGGACUAGGCCGCAAGCCUAUAGACCGGUACCUCAGUUUUGAGAGGAUCCGCAACCGUCUCGAUGCAGACGACUUCAAGCCUACGAACAAAGCCGAUUUCGACUUCGAACAGCUCAGGGCUCUCACGACGCUCAUAGAUAUCGUCAUCGACCGCGCAGAUUUCAUGAUACGUCGCGACACAGAGAAGACCAGUGGCGCCAGGAGCUCAACACCAACACCCAAAUCCAAACCUAGUAUUCCGGAAGCAGAAAUAGAAAUACCAGAAAAGGAAGGAUCGGCAGCCGCAGAGCAGCAGUUCAACGCAGAAAUCGACAUCCUCGCCGCCCGCGUCAAGGUCAUCCACGACCGGAUUCGCGACAAGGCCUCUAGGAAGAACGUGAAGCUAAGCCUCCUCGGCCUCGAAAAGCGGCUUAAAUACGCAGUACGCACGAAACCGCCGCCAAAAAAGAACAUCUUCGCGCUGGAGGAGACGCCAGCGACUGCCGGGGAUAUCAACGUGCCUAAACAGCGGGAUUUCAUGCGUCAGUGGGCGCAGAAGAAGAAGGAUGCGUCGGCGGAGAGAGAACAACAGCAACAGCAACAGCAACAACAUAGGGAAGACGAUGUGCUGGAAAGGGCCGGUUACGCAGCCUCCCGUGGGCGACGGCGGGGCGCGGCGAAGAACGUGCCAGUGGCUGUGGGAUAACAAAUUGCGGAUACCAGACGAUUUGUUUGAAUUGCCGUUGUAAGAGUAAUA